CAAUGGAAGUUGGUCGCUUGCUUUGUUAAAGAAAGCAGAUACGAGGUGUGUUCAAGGAGGGUCUGCUUUCCUUUGAUCUUGAGAGUUGAGGUAGAACUACUUUGGUAGGUGUGUUGAUCUAUCCCCAGAUGUGACACAAGGACUCUUGGUACCUUUAUUCAACUGGAGAUCUACAAACCAUGACAAUGGGGGAUAGUAAUAAGAAUCUUUAUGCCAAAAUGAUUGUGGAUGUUGUUUUAGGGCCAGUACUGGAGAGGCUUGAAAAGAAAGAUGUUUCUGCAGCACAAACACUGAGAGCAGCUUUUACUAAAGUUGAUAACACACUACCAGGAUUUGCGUAUGACUAUGUGAAGGGAGUCCUCAAAAAGGCAGAAAUUCACGACAAGUUUGACCUUUGUGAGACUUUGUUAAGGCUAGGUGGAUCUCAGGAUUGUGAGGAAUUACGCAUUUCCAGACAAGAGCCCACAUUCCAGGAACUAAACAAGUGCGCCAUGGCUCUAAAGAAGAUCCUCAGCAGAAUUCCAGAGCAGAUUUAUGACAGGAAACAGUUUUUAGAGACAAUCAAAGAAAUAGCCAGUGCUAUAAAGCGCCUGCUGGACGCUGUGAACCGAGUGAUAGCGGAGGUUCCUGCCGCAGACAAUGGCAGUAAACAGAUUCUUGAGGACAGGAAAAAAGAGUUUGUUCGCUAUUCCAAAAAGUUCAGCAACAUGUUGAAAGAAUUUUUCCGAGACACAAACCAGAACCAGAGUGUUUUUAUCAGUGCAAACUACCUGAUCUACCAAACCAACCUGAUUCUUAGAACAGUUCGACAGGAGUGUUGUUAGUUCUUGUGGAAGUAAAUGGCAGUACCCUCUCAAUUUCAUUUUCCACAUUCUCCAAAACUUGUUGUGAAGAAAAGGAAAGACAUUUUUGAAUGUAUUUUUUUAGUAAGAUUGACGAAUGACUUAGAAUUGUAUUAAAAAAUUGAGAGAAAAAGCUGUGUUUCAAAACUGUAUAUGAUUUGCGGAAAAAUAUUUUUUUUAAUUGUGAAGAUCAUUAAAAAGGUAUCAAUUAUCCUCAAAUGUCACUCAUGCACCAUAUUGUUAUAUUAAGUAAUAAUGUUUUUGAGGGUCUCAUAAUAUUAUAUUUGAGUUUCAUGAGGUUGUUAUGUAUGAAUUUUAUUUCUGCAGUGCAGAACUAAACUGUAAAUUUGUAAAAACUAACAUAAAGAAUAUUCAAUGCAAUUUAUUUAGGAUUUUAUAAAGAAAUACAUAUGGUUAAUAUUUUGGUUUGGUGUGAUUAACAUAAAUAAUGUGUUUGGUGCUAAAUUGAUUUCAUUGAAAUGCCAUUGAUCUGGUAUGAAAUAUUUUUAAAAUGUCUAAUAUUAAUAAUUUUUUUGUAUCCAAACUCUCAGAACAUAUCAUUAAGUUCCAAUACUAUGAACAUUCCAAAUGCUUUGACAUAUUGUUUGCCUUUUCCCCUUUAGUUAAAAAAAUGUGUUGAGAAAGCAGUAUAUCAUUUCUCCCUUGUACUCUAGUUUUCCCUGUCAACAAAAUCAGAAGUGAGAAAUGAUUACAUGAACAGGUUGUUAAAAGUUUUGGGAUUGUGAAUUUUAAAACUGUGCUCUGUAGAUUUUCCUGAAACUGUGUAACAUAAAGAUUUAUCAUCUACUAUAUCACUGAAUAUGUCAUGUUACAAAAAAUUCAUAUAAUCAAUGUGUGGUCAGAAUCUUAACCGAAAAAUUUGAACCAAUUAUACUUUGUUAUCUGCGUUGUUGAUUUUCUUUGUAUCGCUAAGUUUAUUCUUGUAACCCUGUAGUGUCCAUGUACUUAAUUCCAAUUUCUGUAUUGUUUUGAGAAAGGAGAUGUUGUUAGGUUAAUUCGUGUAAGAAAUAUUUGGGGCAAAUAAAAAUAUUUUACUCAGA